AUGACUUCACAUAUAUUCUACAAUAACUUAUUAAUAUCAUCUCUAUUUCCUCAUCAAAUCAAAACCUAUUCAAUUACUUCAUCAUCAACUGAACAUCAUCGUUUCUUGAAUGGUCUUGCAUUGUUACUUAAUGGUUCUAAUCAAUGCACAUCAGUAUAUCCAUGGUUAAAAGAAAAACAACUAUUAAUUUCACGCGUGAUUGAAAUACGUCCAAUAUUAACAUCUCAUAUAUUUGAAUAUAACAAAAAUAACUGUAUCAAACAUAUACUUGAUCCAUUAUUUAAUGAUGUUAUUUCUAAUCUUGAAGAGUUACUGUAUUAUGACAUUGAUAAAAUAUUUGGAAAUAUUAUUAUUGAUAAACAUUACAAAGAAUAUAUUUCAACAUUAUUUACAUGGGUUAAUGGUAUACUUUCAUAUCGAGAAUCAAUCAAACCUAAUAAAAAUAAUAUUGAAUUAGAAAUUACUGAAUAUUUUCAAAUGUUUUGUGAAUUAUUAUAUCAUUCAAAUAUAUUUCAUUCAAUAAUAUUAAAUAUUUAUUCAAGAGUCGAUGAUUCUGAUGGUAUAAUAUAUUAUUUAGAUAAAGUAUCAGUACGUAUUCGAUCACUUGAUUUAAUUUCAAAACUUUUAGAAGAACAAACAUUUAAUUAUGCAGAUAUAUAUAUAAAUAUUCAAUGGUAUUUUAUUGAACCCACUGAAUAUAUUGUUGAUUUAAUUGAAACACCAUCAGCAUAA